AUGGAUCCAAAGAUGUUGUUUUGUUUACCAGAAGGAGAUGCAUUGUUUAAUCCACUCAAUACAAUGUUUAUUCAAAUGGCUUGCAUUCUCGUCUUCUCCCAAUUCUUCUAUCUGUUCCUCAAACCUUGUGGCCAAGCCGGUCCCGUUGCCCAAAUUCUCGCUGGGAUUGUGUUGAGUUUGCUCACAAUAAUACGCAGAGUCCACGAGUUCUUCCUGCAGAAAGACUCAGCGAGCUAUUACAUCUUUUUCUCAUUCCUUUUACGAACAGGUUUCAUGUUCUUGAUCGGUCUCGAGAUCGAUCUUGACUUCCUUAAACGAAACUUGAAGAACUCCAUCGUCAUAACCUUGGGCUCCUUGUUCACUUCUGGCAUCAUCUGGCUUGCUUUCCUCUGGUUUCUCAUCCAUUUCAUGCAGAUCAAAGACGAUUACUUAACAUUUUACUUAGCCUUCCUCGUUACCUUAUCCAACACGGCAGCUCCUGUCGUCAUCCGUUCGAUCAUAGAUUGGAAACUACACACAUCCGAGAUCGGGCGGCUAGCAAUCUCAUGCGGAUUGUUCAUCGAGAUAACCAACAUAUUUCUCUACACUACCGUCAUUUCUUUCAUCUCCGGGACUAUGACAGGCGAUAUUUUUCUCUACUCAUUUGCCACCGGAGUUAUAAUCUUGAUUAAUAGAUUUUUAGCUUCAUGGCUCCCAAAAAGAAACCCUAGAGAAAAAUACCUCUCCAAAGCUGAAACACUUGCUUUCUUCAUUCUUAUUCUGAUCAUCGCGUUAACCAUCGAAUCCAGCAACUUAAACUCCACGGUUUUUGUGUUUUUCAUCGGACUAAUGUUUCCAAGAGAAGGAAAAACUUACAGAACGUUGAUCCAACGGUUGAGUUACCCGAUUCACGAGUUUAUUCUUCCGGUUUACUUUGGUUACAUCGGGUUUAGAUUCAGCGUCAACUCGUUAACCAAACGCCACUACCUUGUCCUCGCUAUGACAGUGGCUCUAAGCCUAACGGGGAAGCUUCUAGGAGUUUUAUUCGCUUGCUCAUUCCUUAAGAUCCCGAAGAAGUAUUGGCUUUUCUUGUCAACCAUUCUCUCCGUCAAAGGUCAUGUCGGUCUUGUUCUUCUCGACUCUAACUUGGUUUACAAGAAAUGGUUUACUCCGAUAGUUCAUGAUAUGUUCGUUGCGGCACUGGUGAUCAUGACUUUGUUAAGCGGAGUUAUGACGUCUUUGUUGCUUAGAACGCAAGAGAAAAAUUUCGCACACAAAAAGACAUCGCUGGAGUUUUUUGACACUAAAGAGGAGCUACGAGUGUUGACUUGCGUCUACGGCGUUCGCCAUGCACGUGGAUCAAUCUCUUUGGUCUCUGCUCUAAGUGGCUGCUCUCCUGGAGCUUCGCCUUCUCCAUUCACUCCUUAUCUUAUGCACCUCAUACCCAUCCCGAAGAAGCGGAAAACGGAACUGUUGUACCACGAAUUAGACGAAGAUGCAGGGAAUCCCAACGGCGGAGACGAUGAGUUCGGGACUAACGAAGGACUAGAGAUCAAUGACUCGAUCGAUUCCUUUACUAAAGACAGACAUAUCAUGAUCCGGCAGGUGAAACUCGUGGCGCAGAUGGAGAAAAUGCACGAAGAGAUCUGUAACGCGACUGAAGAUCUCCGCGUCUCGAUCGUGUUUCUUCCCUUCCAUAAACACCAGAGGAUCGACGGGAAAACAACGAAUGAUGGGGAAGCUUUUCGACAUAUGAACCGCAAGGUUCUAAAGCAAGCUCAGUGUUCGAUUGGUAUCUUUGUGGAUAGAAACAUCACCGGCUUUCACCAGCUUCACGGGUCUGAUUCGGUACAACACGUUGUGGCCUUGUUCUUCGGUGGUCCUGAUGAUCGUGAGGCCCUGUCCUUAUGCAAGUGGCUUACCAAUAACUCUCAGAUUCACCUCACUGUCAUACAGUUUGUCGCGGAUGACUCAAAGACAGAGAAACUUGUUGGAGACGCUGUGACCAAGGAGAACAACGAAAUAUUCCUGGAGAUUGUUAGUAAAGAUCAAACCGAAGACGAAACAGAUAGAAGCUUCUUAGAGGAAUUCUAUAACAGAUUUGUAACGACGGGGCAAGUCGGAUUCAUAGAGAAGCGAGUGAGCAGCGGAAUGCAAACGCUGACGAUUUUAAGAGAGAUCGGGGAGAUGUAUUCAUUGUUUGUGGUCGGGAAAAACAGAGGAGAUUGCCCGAUGACGUCGGGAAUGAACGAUUGGGAAGAGUGUCCAGAAUUAGGAACGGUCGGAGAUUUCUUGGCUUCAUCAAAUAUGGAUGUAAAUGCUUCUGUAUUAGUAGUUCAAAGACAUAGACACUCAUUUGAUAGUUUUGUAGAUGAAUAG